AAACGACAAUCACUACUCAAGCAGUGAGUCUUAUCGCGUAGACGCGUGGACACCAUUUUGAUUUAUUUUUUUCGUUCGUGUCAAGACUUAAUCAAAUGUGUAAAUAAGUUUUUUUUUUUUUAAUUAUUUAUCUGUGCAUUUCGGACUCGAGUGUUAACUACAAUGACACAUCCAAAGCUUCAUAUCCGGUUCAUCACAACAUUACUUCUCAUCACAUCACAAUCAAUGUCAUCGGCAUCUACCAAACCAAACGCCAGACCGGUCUACGAAGUCAAUGAACAAACAAGAAUUGAUGAUAAGCCUAAAGUCGCAAAUAACCCGGGAAUACUUCCAUAUGGCAAUCCUUUAGCUGGAAAUUCGAAACAAAAUGCACGACUCCACGCCAGUAAUCAACAAGCUAUGUUUAAUGCUGAAAGAAUAAGACAACACAAGGCUCAGUUACAGAGAUGGACGAAAGGUCCUCAAAUCAUUGAUAGCUAUAUGAAAGCGUAUCACGAUUUACAAGAAAAUCAUCAAUUGGAAAUCGAAGAACAACAAGCAACGUUAAAGGACAGUCCUGUAACACCAGCUGUAACGACUAGAGGUCGUCCAGUUAGACAGCGAGUUCAAAAUAAAAGAGUACAAAAUAAUGAUAACUCAGAUGAAACGUUGCCUAAUGAACCUUCUUUUUCAUCAAACAGAGUACAAAAUCAAAGAAAAGACAUCCCGAGAAGAAGCUCGUCCAUCCAAAGAUCAGAACCCACAAAAAUUACAAAAGCUGACGCAGCUAAUACUAGAAACAGAAACCAUCGAUCAUACGGUUCUGCUGAUUAUCACCAAUAUUUAGAACCCAAAAGAUACAAAACAAUAUAUGUGUCACCGGUGCCCUAUUAUAGCCAAGAUGUGACGAUAAAAUCUAACGGAAACGGUGGUUUAAAUCAUCUUCAAACAAAAGAAACAAGCAAAUUGUAUACAGAAGCAAUACCAAGCGAGGCGACGCCAACUUAUCCACAGCGAUAUGGUCUACAGAAAUUUAAUUCAGUUAAAGAAAUAGAAGCUCUUAAUUCUCUAUUAUCAAAGAAUCCCACGGAACAGUUAUCGAAAUUUACAGCUCUUUUAAAUUCUCAAAAAGGUACAGAUGAUAUUGUUGAACAAGAACCAAUCGAUUAUUAUUUCUAUUUAAAAGAUCCGGCAAAAUAUGCGAGUGCAUACAUGCCACACAAUCCAAUCCCAAUCAAAGACCAUAUACCUAUAACUGAAGAAACAGACGACAUUCAAGAUCCUACUAAAAAUAAACAACCAAUAACAUUUUCUCAGCCAAUAUAUCCAACAACAGCAUCAAAACUUGAAACUGACAAAACAAAUUAUUACAAAGUCGAAGAUGCAAGUCAGGUAAUAUGUGAUGAUACUAAAACUAGUCAUGUUAACUAUUUAAAUGAUGAUAAAGAUGCUUACCAUACUGUUCAUUACGUAUAUCAGCCCUACCUCAACAAGGAAGCGGAAGCUGAUACGAGUGAAAGAUAUUUACACCAUAACGCGCAACCCACUGGAGUUCAACAUUUAUCUGAAGACGGUACAGAAACAUCCGCUUUUGGAGAUGACAACCUCAAAUAUGCAGCUAACUACGAAUUCGGGUACAGAGUAAAAGAUCAAGAUAGCGGCAACUAUUUUGGUCACCGUGAAGCAAAAAAAGGCGAGAAUACCAAAGGUCAAUACCACGUGCUAUUACCAGAUGGUAGAAUGCAGCAGGUCAAUUACUCAGCAGGACCCGAAGGCUUCCAUGCGGAUAUUACGUAUGAUCACUUACAAUAAUAAUAAUUAACCCACAGAUCAAAUUGGAAAAAAAAACUAUUUAAAUCGCAUUUUAAACACAUUUUCAAUGGGUUUGUAAUUAUUUAAACAACAGAAAUUAUUUUAAGUAACUUAAGCCAUAAAUUUUAGCUCAUUUAAAUAAUAUUGUGAAUAAACUGAAAAGUACAAAUAAAACACAGUUAGGAAAAAUAUUUAUUGUACAAAAAUAAUAACAAAUUAAAUUUAUUAUG